AUGUCUGGCACGCCCUUCUCAACACAGCGUCUUCCGCUGAGACCAGCUGUCCACCAACGGACCGAAUCAUUCCUCCCGCCACAUGAAAAAGAGGCCAUCACCAGCAUCCCGGUUACCCCAGGAAUCUCUCAGGGUACAUACGGCGAGCCCAACGACGGGAUCCCAACCCCAAGGGUGAUCCAAUCUGGAUCUGGCAGACAAGAUUAUUUCCCUCGACGACCGGCCAACAGGGCGCUUGCUCAGCCACUUGGUGAUGGAAUUCUCAAUGGACCACGGCAGGGCGAGGUUUCCUUGAGCGGGACUGUCCUCUCUGCAACGUUUACUCUGCCUCAGCUGCUGCGAUAUAGCAAAGGAGGGAAAUGGGCAAGUCUUCCAAACCUCAACAAGCCAAUGGAAAACAGAACUAAUGUCGAGCAGGAAUUAGAGCACAAGCACCAUUGCUCCACCCACCUGGACUCGCUCGCAUAUCUAUCCUCGAAAGAGAGUCCAUGGGAGCAUACAGUCAUCGCGUGGACCGGGGAAAUAUACCCUGUCGCAGACGAUGCAUCUUCCUCGCACGAGCAGCUCCUAGAAUCCAUCCCGGCGUCAACGACUACUUCGCUCGGUAGGCACUCGCAAGGUUACGACGACCUCGUUUCUGGAGAGACGUACAUUUCCCGCAACAGCAAAGCAGCCCUUGAAGAGAAGCUGUAUAAUGACCACAUGCGAACCUUGCCAGUCUGGCUCGCUGACGACCGCCAUAUCACGGAUGGUGGAAUCAAGCUGAUACAGCAAUCAAGGUGGAGGCGCUAUGCUGAACAUGAUCUCUGUGCUUUGUUCCACUACAAGCAACGUCCGCCAACAGAUGGUCGUCACGCGGAUAUCAGGUGGAAUGACUACCAGCAAAUGAAUAAGGCGUUUGCAGAUCGAAUCUGCCAAGUAUACAAGCCGGGCGACAUAAUCGUGGUUCACGACCACUACUUGAUGCUUCUACCAGAACUCCUUCGGCAGCGUCAUCCAGACAUGCACAUCGUCUUCUUCCUCGAGUCGCCUUUCCCAUCUAGCGAGCUCAUUCGAUGCUUGCACCGGCGUGAACAGAUAUUGAACGGAAUUCUUGGAUCCGACCUUGUCUGUUUUCAAGCCUUCCACUUUUUGCAGCACUUCGCCAACUCUUGCACCAGAAUCCUUGGCUACAAUGCCAACAAAGCAUGGGUUGAAAACACCAGAGCACGAGUUCAUCUGACUGUGCUCCCAUCAGGAAUCAAUAUUUCCAAGAUAACAACCCUAGGUUUCUCACCCGCAGUCGACAAAACGCAUGAUGAGUUGCGUAGGCUAUACAAGGGAAAAAAGGUCAUCAUUGGCUGCGACCCGAUGAGCCGCUUCGGAGGAGUACACAAGAAGCUCGAGGCUUUCGAAUGCUUCCUCGACCGAUAUCCAAGCUGGAGGCACCAUGUUGUCCUCGUGCAAAUCACAAGUCCAGCCACAAUGGAAGACGAUGACGGCGAUAAUAUGCUCUAUGCGCGCCAGGUCAAUGACUUGGCCUCCUCGAUCAACCAGACCUACGGCUCUCUCGACUUCACCCCCGUUCAAAUACACACCCAAAGAUUAUCGCAGGACGAGUAUUUUGCCGUUUUACGACUCGGAGACAUUGCCGUCAACACAUCUGUGCGAGAAGGCAUGAGCACGACCAGUCUAGAAUAUAUCGCGUGCCAAAGAGAGAGCCACGGGCCACUCAUCAUAUCAGAGUUCAGCGGAACAGCCAGUAGCUUGGAAGAGGCAAUCCGGAUCAAUCCUUGGGAUGUUGGUCAAGUCGCUGAUGAGAUCAACAAUGCGUUGACGAUGUCGCAGGAACAACGGAGUCGCAUGCACAGGGCCCUGUAUCAGCGCGUUGUAGAGGGGAACGUUCAGCUUUGCGUUAGCAGCAUGUUGCGACGACUGAUCAAAGUGCUCAAACUAGACGAGAGCCAUAGCAAUAGGUAG